GCCGCGGGUGGUCUCUGGCUGCGCUUCGGUGUCUGGGCGCCGGGACGCGGGGGCGGCCGGCGACAGCGAGUGGGGGACGAUGCCAUGAGGCAGCCGCAGGGCCUGGCGGGGUCUGGAGGUUGACCGUCCCUGCCGCCUUCCCGCGAGGCCGCCUCCUCCAGGCAGUCGCCCGUCCGUGUCAGGGUCUCGCAUUCCCGGUGGUCCCAGUGCCUCGGACCGGGGCUCCCGGGCCCUAAGCCCCGCGCGAUGACCGCGGCCGCCGCCUCCAACUGGGGGCUGAUCACGAACAUAGUGAACAGCAUAGUGGGGGUCAGUGUGCUCACCAUGCCCUUCUGCUUCAAACAGUGUGGCAUCGUCCUGGGGGCCCUGCUGUUGGUUUUCUGCUCUUGGAUGACGCACCAGUCCUGCAUGUUCCUGGUGAAAUCCGCCAGCCUGAGCAAACGGAGAACGUACGCGGGCCUGGCGCUGCACGCCUACGGGAAGGCGGGGAAGAUGGUGGUGGAGACCAGCAUGAUCGGGCUGAUGCUGGGGACCUGCAUGGCCUUCUACGUUGUGAUCGGCGACUUGGGGUCCAACUUCUUUGCUCGGCUCUUUGGGUUUCAGGUGGUCGGCACCUUCCGCAUGUUCCUGCUCUUCGCGGUGUCCCUGUGCAUCGUGCUUCCCCUCAGCCUGCAGAGGAACAUGAUGGCCUCCAUCCAGUCCUUCAGCGCCAUGGCCCUCAUGUUCUAUACCGUGUUCAUGCUUGUGAUCGUGCUGUCCUCCCUCAAGCACGGCCUGUUCGGUGGGCAGUGGCUGCAGCGUGUCAGCUACGUGCGCUGGGAGGGUGUCUUCCGCUGUAUCCCCAUCUUCGGCAUGUCCUUCGCCUGCCAGUCUCAGGUUCUGCCCACCUACGACAGCCUGGAUGAGCCGUCGGUGAAAACCAUGAGCUCCAUAUUUGCCUGCUCCCUCAACGUGGUCACCGCCUUCUACGUCACGGUCGGCUGCUUCGGCUACGUGAGCUUCACCGAGGCCACCGCAGGCAACGUUCUGAUGCACUUUCCCUCCAACCUGGUGACGGAGAUGAUGCGAGUGGGCUUCAUGAUGUCCGUGGCCGUGGGCUUCCCCAUGAUGAUCCUGCCGUGUCGGCAGGCCUUGAACACGCUGCUUUUCGAGCAGCAGCAAAAAGAUGGGACCUUUGCUGCUGGAGGCUACAUGCCGCCCCUGCGGUUCAAAGCACUCACCUUCUCAGUCGUGUUUGGAACCAUGGUGGGUGGAAUCAUGAUCCCCAACGUGGAGACGAUCCUGGGCCUCACGGGUGCGAUGAUGGGAAGUCUCAUCUGCUUCGUCUGCCCGGCUCUGAUCUAUAAGAAAAUCCACAAGAACACCCUUUCCUCCCAGCUGGUGUUCUGGGUUGGCCUGGGCGUCCUGGUGGUCGGCACACACACUACCCUGUCCGUGAGCGAGGACGCCCCCGUGGACUUGGCCGAGGACGCCCCGGCCGGCCGGCUGGAAGAGGCCGAGGGCAUCGUAAAGGCAGAGGCGGCUCGGCUCCCAGGCCCGAAUCCAGCGGUGGACGCCGCCGCCGACGGCCGAGAUAAGCCGAAGCUGCCCGAUGAGAAAGAGGAGAUGGAGCAGGCCCAGAUUAAGGGCCCGGUGGACGCGCCCCAGAGGGAAGGCGCCAAGGAGAAGCAGGAGGCGGCACAGCUGGACCGGCCGGGCCGAGGUGUGGCAGCACCGAUGGGCGAGGCUCACCGCCACGAGCCGCCCGUCCCUCAUGACAAGGUGGUAGUGGACGAAGGUGAAGACCGGGAAGAGCCAGCAGAGAAUGAGCGUCCGUCCAAGCACGCGGAGGAGCAGGCCCCAGGGGGCAAGGCUCGGAUGGCCCUGCCUCUGUCCGAUUCGGAAAGAGAGAGACCCAGACAGGACCAGGUCCUAGAGGUAGCAGGGGGUCUCCCUGAAGAUCCCUGGAAGGUUCCAGAAGGAAAUGGUCAGCCAGCCAUCGAGCCCGUGGAGGAGGACCAGGGGCCAGGCGACAGGGGUCUGCAGCCAGCGCCCCAGGCAGUGCCACCUGAGGGGCAGGACGCCCCAGCAGCAGGUGCGGCGGAGAGAGCUGGCGGGGUCCCGCUGCCGGGCCGGGCUGCAGGCGCCGCGGGCAAGCUGGCGGACAAGAGUGAGCUCGGUGGGAAGGCCGCCCUCCCGGUGAAGCUGGCCCCUGAGGCGGGGCCGCAGGUAGAGCCGCAGGAGCAGAGGGAUGUGGAGGGCCAGGCCGGAGGCCACGCCGGCAGCAAGCUGGAGGACAAUUCUCACGGUUUCCUACUCUGCCUUUCUUCCGUGCGCCUCUCAAUGGGACGAGCAGCUGAAAUCAAACAGAUAGUAGCAGAAGCCGGCCGGGCGGAGAUGCUGGACCACGCGGUCCUCCUGCAGGUGAUCAAGGAGCAGCAGGUGCAGCAGAAGCGGCUCCUAGACCAGCAGGAGAAGCUGCUCGCGGUGAUCGAGGAGCAGCACAAGGAGAUCCACCAGCAGAGGCAGGACGGCGAGGACGCCGAAGCGCAGCCAGAGCCUGGGGUGCCGGCACCCGGAGGGAAGGAGCAGGAGACCCAGCAGGGGCAGACCGUGGACCGUCCCCCGCAGCAGCCUGUGGAACCUGCACUUGGAGCCCCCGGGCGUCUCCCCGCUCCACCCCAGGGCCACGGCCAAGGCGCCUUGGAGGAGCCCAAGGCGGAGCCCGAGGCGGCUGUAGGCAGAGCUCCAGCGGGUCCUCCUGGCGUUGCCGACACGGAGCCCCGGGCGGCCCAGGCUGAGCCGAGGGAAGGCCGGCGGGGCGCUGUGGCCCAGGCAGCUGGCGCUGGCAUGCCGGAGCGGGUGCCCAUGCCGGACCCUGCCGAGGGGCCCCAGAGCCCAGAGAAGCCCGUUGCUGGUGAGCUGCCCAAACAGGACACUUUCGGCAGAAGCUCCCAUGAAAGGAAGAAAUCCCGAAAAGAGGUGGCCCCCAGCGCCAGCGCUCAGGAAGCGAAUGUGCCGGGGGCGAAGGAGAAUGGCGACCCUCAUGUGAGGUCCCAGCCGGUGAGCCGAGGCCGGGGACCUGCAGGCCUGCCCAGCAGGUCAGGAGGAGCAGCCCCUGGGGCCCAGGCCGAGAUUCGGCAGCUGGAACACCGGGCCGUUUCUGUUGGGACUCAGGGUGGGCAGCAGGGCGCUCACCUGGAGGCCAGAAAGGAGGCCAUCGUUGGGGACCGUGCGCUUGCUCUGGGGGAGGACACUGCCGUCCAGGAGCCGGAGCGGAGGCAGGACCCUGAUCCGGGGCCCAUCCCUGGGGCUCAGAAGCUAGACCAUGCCAAAGCCAACCGAGACCUCAAAGUCCAGGCCGGUUCUGACCUUAGGAGGAGACGGCGGGAUGUGGCUCUUGGGGCAGGGGGGGACCCGGCCCCAAGGGACAGGGUCAUCAUCAGCUUUAACCCUCACCCGGACGUGCAGGUCAAUGACCUCCGUCGUGCGCUGGAGACGCAGCUACACCAGGCUGCGGGGGGUGCCUUGUGGGUAGUCCACGGCCGCCAGGUAAAGCAGCUGGUGGGGGCCCCAGAGGAGCCCUGAGCGGCCACCAGCCGCUGCUGUCCUCCCAGUUGGUGGGUCUCAGCCAGCCAUGCCGAGGCCAUGUGGGUGCAGAGUCAGUCAUGCUGUGGCUGGGGGUCUGAGCGGCCUGUCACCACGGCCUCGCUGUCCAGGCGGCCUGUGCCUUCUCCAUCCUGCAUCUUCAGCUUGUCCAAGUGACCGAGCUCAGCAGGACCCAGGUGACGCAGCGGCCGGCUGGGGAGCGUGGGCAGCCCUGGUGUGGACACGGGCUGCCGUGAGAACCCGCUGCACGCCAGGCUCCCGCUUUCUCCAAACAGUCGUCGCAAACGAGACGUUGCGAGGGUUGCAGAGAACCGUGACGAGCUUGGCCCCCGCGCAGCUCCUCGCCGGACGCAGCUUCGUGGCUACGGGCGUCUCGAGGGUCAGAGCUGCCAGCCUGUGUGCCUGCCUCGGCCCCCGUCACAGCCCCUCUGCUCUCCACGCUCCCUCUGCUUUUCUAAACCAUAAAGUUGUUUACAAAUUAGA